UAUGUCCAACGGCAGCGACUGUCAAGAGAGCUGGGUGGCAGGGACAGGGGGAAAGGGGCUUUUCUCUGUGGCCACCUGGAAAAAGCCAUGUAAGAUCAGUGGCUCGUCAGGACAUAAAUAAUUCCAUUUAUUAACCCAGUCAUCCAAAGAAGAAAGAGGAGAUUGAUGAGUGAAUUCGACGAAUCCAAGAAGAAGACACUGGAGUUCAAGAGGACGAAAUAAAAGUUUCUGUUAAGGGUGAAGACGUGCGCACUGGAGCUUCAUGGACACGCGCAGAAAUCCUCAAACCAACUCCAAAAAAAGAAACCCCCACAAGUUCAGCACCAAGGAUAUCUCCAAUCAGUUUUGAUGUCAGGUGAAGGUGAAGUCAGACUGACGGAGGUUUUAUCUUUAGCCAGGUAACAGACUCAAACUUAACUUUCCGAUCGGUGGUUUGUAGGGCUGCGGGGAGGCAUGAGUGGAGGUCGCUUUGAGUUUGACGACGGCGGAGCUUAUUGCGGAGGCUGGGAGGGAGGCAAAGCCCACGGCCAUGGCAUCUGCACCGGACCCAAAGGCCAGGGCGAGUUCUCCGGCUCCUGGAACUACGGCUUUGAGGUGGUGGGAGUCUACACAUGGCCCAGCGGGAACACUUAUGAGGGGUACUGGUCGCAGGGGAAGCGUCACGGCCUGGGAGCAGAAACCAAAGGACACUGGAUUUACAAAGGGGAAUGGACUCAUGGCUUCAAAGGGAGAUAUGGCAUCCGGAUCAGUAUUGGCAGUGGAGCGAAGUAUGAAGGAACAUGGAAUAAUGGGCUUCAGGAUGGAUAUGGAACAGAAACAUAUGCUGAUGGAGGUACUUUUCAGGGUCAGUUCACUGGCGGGAUGCGGCACGGCUAUGGGGUCCGGCAGAGCGUCCCUUAUGGCAUGGCAGCAGUUGUCCGCUCCCCUCUUCGUACCUCCCUGACCUCACUUCGUAGCGAGCACAGCAACGGCACCGUCUUGCAGCAAGACAUCCCCAUCAUCACCACCACCAACGCCUCAGGUGAGGAGACACCCGUCGCCACCCCUACCCAUCUGGGACCGUCCCGCGGAGGCUUUGCCCUCACUCUCCAGGUGGACCCAGAGGCUGUGAAACCCAAGAAGAGGGGUCUGUUUCGCAGGGGCUCCCUUUUGGGUAAGCUGAAGAAGUCCGAUUCAAGUACCUCGUUGUCCAGCCAGAAGAGCAAGAUCAGCUUUCUGAGGACGGAAUCGGCUCUCAGCUCCAACGCCAGCGACACCAACUCCACCAUCAGUAUUGGGGACGAAAGCCUAGCCGGAGCUGAGGAUUACCCCCCAGUGGAGGCCGACAUCGACGCCACCACCACAGAGGUCUACAUGGGAGAGUGGAAGAACGAUAAACGCUCAGGAUAUGGAAUAAGCGAACGGUCCAGCGGGCUGAAGUACGAGGGCGAGUGGCUGAACAACCAGAGACACGGCUACGGAUGCACCACCUUCGCCGAGGGAGGGAAGGAAGAGGGCAAGUACAUGAACAACUUGCUGGUGAAGGCCAUGAAGAAGAGAGUGAUCCAGCUGAAGGGAACCAAGAUCAAACAGAAGGUGGAGCGUGCGGUGGAGGGAGCUCAGAGGGCUGCAGCCAUCGGCAAGCAGAAGGCAGAGAUCGCUGCUUCCAGGACGACCCAUUCAAAGGCCAAGUCAGAUGCAGCUGACCAGGCCGCCCACGCUUCCAACAGUGAGUCCAGCAUCAGCCGACUGGUGGCCAAAGAGCUCUCCCCUUCCUUCUACCAGCCAGGUCCUGAGUAUCUGAAGAAGAGAGUGUUGCUGGAGGUCCUUGAGGGAAGUGAGAACACAGAGACUGUCAUGCACGAGCCGCUGUUAGCCGAAGAGGAGCCCCUGCCCACGCCACCCGAAAGCCCACUCAUGAAUGAACUGGACAGCCUCAUGCCUGGCUCAUCCCCAGCCCGCACCCCCUCCCCCAGCCCAGGCAUCAUCAACAAGGAAGACCCCAAACUCCUCAGUCCAGGAAGCUGGAAUGAAGACAAAACCAUUAAAGGUGGUGGCAGUAAGGGUAGCAGCAAAUCCAACAGCAGGCCCAAUAGUCGCCCCACUACCCCGUCUCCUGCCACCUCGGCUGCACCUGAGGUGGCAGGUUGCUCCUCUCGGACCCCCAGCCGCCAGAGCAGCAAGAACGAGCAGGGCUCUGACCUGGAGAUAAAGCCGCUGCAGAAGUUUGACUCAGAGGUGGAAGGUCCAGAUUUCACUCCAGCCCCUGCUGCCCCUGUAAGGAAUAGCCUCAUCUCAUCAGAUGAAGAAGAAGCACCACGCCCCACCUCCAAAGUGUCCUCCAAGGCUGUCACCCCCGAGCCUAAAACCAGCGAGGGCAAAACUGAAAGAGCUCCAUCAGUCCACGAACGAGCACCGUCCGUCUCUGAGAACCAAGUGGAGUCCAGGGAGGUGAGCAGGUCGUCCAGCAAAGCAGAGACAAAGCCAUUACCAAAACGGCAACCCAGCCCAGCUCCGUCCCCAAAACCUGCACCGAGUCUUGAACCUAAACCAGUACCAAAGCAAGUGGAAUCCAAAGCCACUGUUGCCAAACCAACCCCGAAGGUAGAGCCCAAAGCAGAAGCCAGACUGAAGGCCGUGGUGUCGAACCCAAGUCAUGAGGAGUCUUUGGAGCUGGAGGGCCCAAACACCAUAAUGAUCUGCAUGGUCAUCCUGCUCAACAUUGGCCUGGCCAUUCUCUUUGUGCACAUUUUGUCAUGAGACAUUGUCCACCACCUCAGGUCACAAGCAGGCCGGCCGCCUCCUCAGUUAGGACCAGAGAUCAACGAUGAAGAAGCCUCAUGCAGACUGCCGCAGCUCCUCUAAAGGUUUUUGCUGGUGUGACUGUGUGAGGCUCUGUGAAGCUCCUCUGAUCCCAGAGGUUUGAUGAAGGACUGAAGGACUGAAGGACUGUUUGUAUGUUAAAGUCGGGGCUGGAUGGUAGAACAUGUCCUCAGUGCUUACGCUGGAGAAGCAAGAAGUCUCAUUUCAACUUCGUCACUGUGUGUCACAAGUGUGUCAAUUAUUUUUUUUUGCAAAAAAAAAAGGCUUUUAACUCGAUCUUUAAUUGGCACACACUGGUUGAUUAGACGAUCUCAGUAGAUAAUUAUAGUUUGUCACAAGAUAUGCUGGUAUUAUGAAGGAAUGUUUGUGCAGACUGAAUAUUCUCUCCACUGUGCCUUUAACUUGGUUGAUGAGACACAAAUUCAACUGCAGUAGAUGCGUGAAAGAUUUCGGAGUUAUAACUCCUGCUAUCAUUGUUUUAAUUAGCAACAAUGUCCAAUGUGUGGUUAAAAAGCUGAAGAAGAUUCAUUAAGCAGGAAUCUAAAAUGCAUCUCUAGAAAAUACUUUAUAAUACUGUUGAAAUAUUUCAAAUUGUAAUCCAUCGCUACUGUAAAGUCAGUUUAUUGGUUUCAUCUUGCUCUUCAGUCUCUUAAGACUAGAGUUACAUUUCAGCUAAUUGCAUUUGAGACUGUGGUGUACUACACUGUGAAACCUUUUAUUUUCACUGGGAUUUACAUGCAUUUACAGUUAUUCUGCUGCUUUGAUUUGAGAGCUGAUACACCAAAUAGAGAAGGCAAAUAAGAAGCUUAUGAGUGUCACUGUACUGUAUCUUCCUGUGGUGUUUCUCAUGCAAUGCAGUUUAGCACCCAGGUGGUUUUAAAUGAGAGUUGUGUAUGUUUUGCAACAGAGUGAGCAAGCAGAAAAUUGAAGGCUGGGAUUUAUCUUGUUUAAAUCAAUCACUAUGUUGUAGUAAGGUUUCUCCAUCUCCAGAUUAAUAUAAAUACAAGAGUAGCAGCAGGAGGUGGGUUAGGAUGUUUUCGCCUGUGAGCUUUUCAUGGUUAAAUGUAUGUUUCAGUGGAGAAAAGUGUCCACUCUGUUCCACGCUGCAUUAUGUUUAGGGCCCGUUAUGCUUCAGAGCCAAAUAAGACUUCAACUUUUGUAUGCAUGAGGGCACUGUGUGUAUGCGUCAGUGUUUUUGUAUAGUUUUGAAGUGCACAUCUUUUCAGCAAAAUAUUGUCAGAGGCAAAUAUGCAACCCUAAAUGUAUUUAUUUCCCAAAAGGAGUCAGAUAAACCUGUGACUGUGAGAUGGAGAAAAAAUGGUUCUUAACGCCAUGUCUUACAUUGAGAAGAGCACUCUCCAGAGGUGCUGUUUUAUGUUUCUCCCUUGUUCUUUCAGCAGUGUAAUAUGUGGCUUUUUAAAAAGGUUUUUAAGCUGAAAUUCUUUUUGCCUUUGUGUUUGCAGAUGAACUCAGACCACUGGUUGUGCAUUGUUUUCAUGCAAAAAAAGGAAAAUGUACAAUGAGUUAAUUUUGAUAAAUCUUGUGUUCGGAAUACACUUUUACCCAAUAGUUUAUCCUUGAUUUAAAAAAAAAAAGAAGCCAAUUGUAAGAUGACAAUUGAAAGUGCAAUAAAAAUGUAUUCACAUAAGUCAGUGUAUUGUAGAAGCCAUUUUGUUUUGUCUGUUUUAGAGCAUUUAAUUCUAACAGUGCCUAAUUUGAUUUAAUGCAUUUGUAGCCAAACCUGGUCAAAAUAAAACUUAAGCCAAAUAAAAAAAAAACUAUACACAUUUUAUUGCCUCUCUAAAAUUUAACUUUACAAAACAUCCAGAUUUAUUCCAUGAUAUAGUGUCAUUCAUUGUCCAGUCUGGUAAAAAGAGAACUAAAUGUAUAUAUUUUUAACCACCACCUGUCUCCUUGCAUGAGACAACACCCUAUCCCUCCCU